UGACAGAGCGAGCCUUGGUAACGAUGACACGUGACACGGGCGCAGUGCUCGUGUGUACACUCGUAUCGUGCCGUCAUCCUAUCCAUCGCCACAAUCAUAACGAGCAGACUGCUGCAGAGAUUGAACCUCAACAUGAAUUCGGGAAAUAUCCAAUUGCUGUCGCUGGCGGGAUAUCCACCUGUCCAUACUGGAGGUUAUUCCAUGUUCUGUUUCAUCAGCAGGACAGUAGCUCACAGGUCUGACAAGAAGUUUACAUGGGGCUCCUACCUGAAACCACCCUUCUGACCGUGUGUGCUGCGGUAACCUGCCUCCUCACAAUGGUCUAUAUCUACUUCAAGAAGUCCUUCAGUUAUUGGAAGGAAAGAAAGGUACCUUACAUCGAACCAACAUUCCCCUUUGGAAAUUUCAGAAACCUGAUGUUUGUGAGAAAACCUCUAGGACAUAUGUUCGCAGAUCUUUACAAGAAGCUAGACGGUGAGAAAUAUGGAGGGACUUACAUUUUCACGAAACCUGGAUUCAUUUUCCGUGACCCAGAAAUUAUUAAGAAUGUCCUGGUUAAAGACUUCAGUAGUUUCCAUGAUCGCGGUAUCUUCGCCAAUGAACAGCUUGAACCUCUUACUGGCCACUUGUUCUUUCUUACUGGAAACAGGUGGAGAAAUCUUCGCGUUAAACUGACACCAACUUUCACUUCCGGCAAAAUGAAGAUGAUGUUUCAAACUUUGGUUGAUUGUGGGCAAGAACUCAGAACCAUCCUACACGAAACCGCUAGUCAGGAGGAGAUUAUUGAAGUCAAAGAUAUCUUGGCUAGGUACACCACGGACAUAAUAUCGUCAUGUGCAUUUGGCAUCCAAUGUCAUUGUCUCGAGAAUCCAGACGCUGAAUUUCGUCAAUGGGGAAGGAAAAUAUUCGAAUCAACCAUAAAGUUGUCACUAAUUAGAUCUCUGAGUGUACUAUUUCCCUCUGUAAUGAGCUUCUUGAAGUUCAGAGUUUUAGAUCCCAAAGUUUCAAAAUAUUUCCGAAGUAUGGUGCAAGACACAGUGAACUACAGGGAGAAGAACAACGUUAAACGCAACGACUUUAUGCAACUGCUUAUCCAGAUCAAGAAUCGUGGCAAAGUGGAGGAAGAACACGGUUACCUGGAGCAGAAUGGCCAUGGAGACUUGGAGAACAAGUCUGAUGAGAAUGGUUUGUCGAUGAACUCACUGGCGGCCCAGGCCUUCGUUUUCUUUGCUGCGGGUUUCGAGACUUCGUCAACCACAAUGACGUUUUGUCUGUACGAGCUGUCAUUGCACCAGGAUAUACAGGAACGCCUCCGGGAAGAGAUCGAUAUUGUGCUGAAGAAACAUGAAGGCAAGAUUACGUAUGAGGCCAUCCAAGAAAUGGAAUACUUGGAUAAAGUUGUCGCAGAAACUCUUCGGAAAUAUCCACCGGUUCAAAACUUAAACCGUGAAUGUACCAAAGCCUACAAAAUACCUGACACGGACAUUGUUCUGGAGAAGGGAAUCUUGACGGUUAUACCCGUCUUUGCCCUUCAUCACGACCCUAAGUAUUAUCCUGACCCUGAGAGAUUCGACCCGGAGAGAUUCAGUGAAGAGGAAAAGGCAAAGAGGCAGCACUACGUGUAUCUGCCCUUCGGAGAGGGUCCCAGGAUAUGCAUAGGAAUGCGGUUCGGUCUGAUGCAAACCAAAGUGGGACUUGUCUCUCUUCUGUCCAAGUACCAGUUCAUUUUGAGUAAGAAAACUCCGGUUCCAUUGGUCAUGGAUACGAAGACAAUAAUUUUAUCACCUGUUGGUGGAAUGUGGCUGCAGAUUAAGAACCGCGCUGAUUAUAACACUGUUAUUUAAUUUGGGACACUAAUGUUACAAAAGAAAUUAUUUUAAACUUAACUAAAAUUCUGAGACAAUUGGCUUAUCACAACACAAAUACAUUUUGUGCUGAAUUUGUUCAUUGUCUGGAGUGCGUUUAAGAUCCAUAUUCACACAUUUGUAGACGGUAACGGGGCCAGUUUCCGAAAUUAUGUUUAUUUUAAUUAAUAAUGUCCAGCAUUUUUUCUACAUUUCUUUCACGUUCACUCUUUCCAUAAAUAAGGUCUUAAAUAACCUGUCAGUUAUAUCCAAGGGAGACAGAGCGGCAAGGAUAUGUGUAUAUCAUAAUGGUACGAACGUAUAACGCAUUAUCAUUUUUUCUUCAUAAGGAAAAUAAAGAAGCCGGUCACGGUAACCCAGCGGUCUAAGACAUGUACUGUCUUCGCUCGCUUGUAAACUGGGAUCCUGAGU